AUGAAGAUACAGGUGAAGACGGUGCUGUACAAGCUGCUGACGCUGGAGGUGGAAGAGACGGAGACGAUAAGGGACGUGGUCCAGAGGGACGGGACACCGUACGACUUGGAGGGGCUGGCCUAUGGUGGAAAGAUCCUGCCGCCCACCAGCACCGUGGCCGACCAGGCCAUCCCUCCCGACGCCACCCUUCACCAGGUCAAGCGGGGGUUACGAGGCGCAUCCACGCCAGCAAACCAGCAACCUUGA